AUGUUAGGAGGUUAUAACAAAUGGCAUGAACGCAAUGACAUCCGUAAUGAGACUGGUACAACAUUUACCAAACUAGACCGGCUCUCCGGUUUCUAUGCGUUCAAUAAUGCGCCCAUUGAUGUAAUGCAUUUGGUGGAUCUUGGGCUUACCAAGGCUAUUGAAAGUAAGUACAUAUACAAGCAAGGGAUGCUCCAAAAACGUUUUCAUUGGCAGCCUGCUGGUGAGACACCCAAGGCUUGCUACAAUGCGUUUAUCACGCGGACAAUCUUCCCUCAUUAUUGUAGUCGGCUCCCUACCCAUGCCCAAGGGCUGAAGGGACGCGUCAAGGCCAAACAGCGGCGCCUCUUGCGCCUUAUCAUGGUCGGCUUGUACUUUGAGGCUUGGCGCGUUGGUGACUCGAUCCUAGAUGGCAAUAUCCCUUGUGGAAGUGAGAGAUCAAGGCACUACAAGGCUCAGAAGGUCAAUGCCAAGGCCUUCCGUAGACGUCAAAACCACAUCAACAACUUGAAUGAAGGCGGACUUGACAAGGUUCUCCCUUGGCAAGAAUUUAUGCCAUCACAAAACCCUCGCGACUGGUUUGCAAACUUAUUAAGAUUUUGUAUUGGGGCAACGCUCCUGACUCAACACCGAAUCACUCAAGAGGAGGUUGAACAGGGUUGCCAGUUGCUUGAACAGGUCGGCACGGUGUUCACUGAUAUGAACAUCAAUCUCACUCCAAGCUUCCACGCCAUCACACAUUUGCCCAACCACCUCUACAAGUAUGGAAGUGUUUACAAUACUUCUACCAACCGAUUUGAGCGUGCAAACCAAAUGCUUAUCAACGUCAACAAGAACGGGCACGGGGGCGGAGAAAUUGAAGCAACAAUGGCAAAGGGAUUUAUGCGUCGCGUCGAGUGUUACCGCUAUAUUAACAAACUACAAUCAAUUGAGGGGCCAACGGACGAUGAUAUAGCAACAACAAAACUUUUGUUACAAGGCAUGAGAGACGCCCCGGAACACAAAGUUCAGCGUGGCAGGCUUGAUGCAAUUCUGGCUGGAGACGCCCGAUUUCUUGAACAAGAGCACAUUUGGUUGGCAACUGCCCCUGCCAAAGUUAACUUCAGAGAUCACAAGCAUCAAGCAUAUUAUAAUCUUAUGGUUGAGUAUUGCAAUAACCAUUGUCCUAUAGGUCUACACAACGUCCGCUUUUACGGAUAUGGCGCGCCGCCACCAGAAGGAAUUCAAGUUCAACUUCAUCCUAGCCGAUCUACUCUUGCCUACCCUCACUUCCGUUGGUACGGGGUCCGGUACGGCUCGGCAAACCAUACGCAAGGGUUUGGUUCACGCUAUGGUUAUAUUGAUGACCAAACACCUGUUACCAUUCAGGGUAUUUAUGAGUCAACAGUGACCGUUCUGGGCAAGCAGUACAAAUUUCUGGCUGUUAUGAUUCAGAAAUUUGUUGCUCCGGCAGAACCGCCUGCCUUCCCAUGGAACCAUUGGGAUCAUAUUCUUGGGAUUGGUGCAUGGGUGUACCAAGAACUCCAGCCAGUGGAAGCAGUGCCAGCAAGUGCAUUUACUGGCCUUUUUGCGCUUUCCGAUAUUGAGAUGUCAUACGGGCACUAUUGGCUUACAUUUUCAAUGAUAACAACAAGGCCCAACGAUUUGAGGGACAAAGACAACAUGGGCGUUGAUGACUAA